AUGGUGACAAUUUGCCCUCGUAAUGAAUUAUCUGUUGCUUGCCGUUAUUAUCUUUCCUCUGUAAAAGGAAAUCAGCAAAAAAAGGAGGAAGAAGAAGAUAUUGAUCUUUUUGGUGAUGAUGAUGAUGCUGCUGCUGCUGAUUUAAAGAAAUUAUCUGAAUCAAAGAAGAAAGAGAAGGAAGAAAAGGAGAAAAAGAAUAAAAAAAAAGAAAUAAUAAAUAAAUCUAUGUUAGUAAUAGAGAUAAAGCCAAGAAAUUCAGAAACAAAUUUAGAUUUAAUUCAACAAAAUAUUCAACAAAUUAUUAUUGAUGGAUUAAAAUGGGGAGAAAAUGCUAAAAAAGUUCCUCUUGCAUUUGGUCUUUAUAAGUUACAGGUUCAAUGUGUAAUAAUAGAUGAUAUAGUAGAUACACAAGAAGUAUUAGAUAAAAUAGAGGAAUUAGGUAUGACAGAAGAAGACAAGAAAAAAAGAGAAGAAAAACAACAAAGAGGAGAAGAUGAUGAUGAUGAUGAUGAUGAAGAAAUCUCUGGUCUUGUACAAUCUGCACAAAUUAUUUCCUUUAAUAAAUUAUAA